AUGAAGUCCCAAAAGGUAAACGUGAAGAAGAAGAAGAAUGUGAAUUCAGGUUUAGUCGCUGUAGCAGUGGACAAAGAUAAAGGAAGCCAACAUGCUCUCAAAUGGGCUGCUGAUCAUCUCGUCUCCAAAGGAGAAACCAUCAUCCUCCUCCAUGUUCUUCAUCAAUCCUCAUCUGACUCAGCUGAGGUUAUUGCAGAGAAACAUAAGCAAGCUGAAAACCUUUUCGUCACGUUUCAUUGCUACUGCAGUCGAAAAGAGAUACAAUGCCUUGACGUCACGCUUGAGGAUGACAGCAUAGUCAAGUCCCUUGCGGAAUACGUUACCUCUGGUGUGAUUGAGAAUUUGGUUCUUGGUGCUCCUUCCAGGCAUGGAUUCAUGAGAAGAAAAUUCAAGAUGUCUGAUACACCAAGCAAUGUAGCCAAAGCAGCACCUGAUUUCUGUACAGUUUACAUCAUUUCAAAAGGGAAGAUAUCAUCUAUCCGUCACGCCACACGAGCUGCUCCUUAUCAGUCUCCUCUUGUGGCUCAGAUUGAGAAUCAUUCUGCAGUCACUAACUAUGAAAAGUUCAGGAACACCAUGAGCUUUAGAGACAGGACUCCACCAAGAUCUUCUGUUUCCAGCUCUAUUGAAGACUUUGGAAAGUCACCUCUGGCAAGGACAUCAAACUACGCAAACUCAUUCUAUGAUUUGUCAGACACGGACAACGACAUAUCAUUUGUUUCCUCAGGCAGGCCAAGUAUCACUAGCUCAGGCCGGAGAAGUACCGCAAGCUCAGGGAGGCCGAGUACAAGCACUAACGGAAGGUCUGACAUAUCUUUUGUGAGCUCAGGAAGGCCUAGUACAAGCACUACAGGAAGCCCUUCUUUCAUCUAUGAGUUCCCUGACUCUGGUCUAACUCCGAGAAUGUCUACGGGCUCUGGACAAAGCGUUGGCUCUAUGCGUCUAGGGAUCAAUAUCCAACAUGACUUCUCAUUCGUCUCACAAGAUAGUGGCCUGUCUCCUUGCUCUUGUUCACCACAAAACUUGGGAGACGUGGAAGCUGAAAUGCGGAGACUGAAACUGGAACUGAAACACACUAUUGACUUGUAUGGAUCAGCUUGCAGAGAAGCAUUAGCAGCAAAGCAAGAGGCAAAGGAGCUGCAGCGUCAGAAAAUGGAAGAGGAAGGAUGGGGGCAAGAAGGACAGUUAUCAGAGAAAUCAACAAAGCUGAUAGCUGAAAAAGAGAGAGCAAACAAAGCUGCGAUGGAUGCUUCUGAAACAGCAAACAAGAUAGCAGAGCUUGAAACACAAAGAAGAGCUAUAGAAUCUGGAGAUGUUUUCUUUGACUCCAACUUAAGGUAUAGGAGGUAUGUCAUUGGUGAGAUUGAAGAAGCUACAAACUCAUUCGACAAGGCUAAUAAGAUAGGUGAAGGUGGAUACGGUCCUGUUUUCAAAGGUCACCUUGAUCAUACCCCUGUUGCUAUUAAGGUUUUGAGACCAGAUGCAGCUCAAGGAAGAUCUCAGUUUCAAAGAGAGGUGGAAGUUCUUAGCUGCAUAAGACAUCCACAUAUGGUGCUACUCAUUGGAGCAUGUCCAGAGUAUGGUAUUCUUGUUUAUGAGUAUAUGGCUAAAGGAAGUUUAGCUGAUAGGCUCUACAGAAACGGAAACACACCACCGCUCUCAUGGGAGCUCAGGUUCAGAAUUGCAGCCGAAGUUGCUACUGGUCUGCUCUUCCUUCACCAGACAAAACCUGAGCCAAUAGUGCACCGUGAUUUGAAACCAGGAAACAUCUUGAUCGACCAGAACUACGUAAGCAAAAUCGGUGACGUUGGAUUAGCCAGACUAGUCCCUGCAGUUGCGGAAAACGUCACGCAGAUUCAUGUAACGUCAACCGCAGGGACAUUCUGUUACAUUGACCCGGAGUAUCAACAAACCGGAAUGCUUGGUGUGAAGUCAGAUGUUUACUCCUUUGGUAUCUUGCUUCUAGAGCUGCUCACAGCAAAGAAGCCUACGGGGUUGUCUUAUAACGUUGAGCAAGCGAUAGAGAAAGGCACAUUCAAGGAUAUGUUGGACCCAGCAGUGCAUAACUGGCCUGUGGAAGAAGCUUUGUCUUUGGCGAAGGUUGCGCUUAAAUGUGCACAGCUGAGAAGGAAAGAUAGACCAGACCUUGGGAAAGAGGUGUUACCAGAGCUUAAUAGACUGAGAGCUCUUGCUGAUGCUAAUAUGGAGUGGAUUAUGUUUAACUAUAGCAGAGGAGCAUCACCAAAACAUAGCUUAAUCUCCUUGCCAACAGUUGAUGAAAUGAGUGUGACCUCAGAUGGCUCGAAUACACAUUCAAGUAGUCUAUCAGACAUGGAGAAGAACUUAGACGAAGCUGAAGAGGAUUAG